GAGGAAGAGACAGCGGAGUAAUCAGUAGUGGACAGUGGACACACUCUGUAUACUCUGAUCUCUGUUUAGUGUCGCUUCUCGCUUCACUUCUGAAGCAGUAGCCAUGGCAUUCUCUUCAUCCUUCUCUCCGUCCUAUGGCUUCUCGUUCAGUGCAGUGGCACAGAGUGACAAGAGGAAGAGCUGCAGCUCUCGAUGCCGCCACCAUUUUUCUUCUUUGUCCCACAUUUCGUUCCCUGGUGCUUUUCUUCGACACUAUUCCGCUCCCAGAAUUGGUUGUGUUCCUGUGUGGGGAAAAAGGCAAUCAUGUUAUGCUCAACUCUAUGCUCCAGUUGCAGAUCCUUUGCAGAAAGAACCUGAGGAAAGAACACCACUUCCCAAAGGCAAUAUGUGGUCUAUUCAUAAAUUUGGUGGGACCUGUGUGGGUACCUCCCAAAGAAUUCAGAAUGUUGCAAAUAUAAUUAUUAAUGAUGAUUCAGAUAGGAAAUUGGUGGUUGUAUCUGCAAUGUCAAAGGUGACAGAUAUGAUGUAUGAUCUCAUUUACAAGGCUCAAUCCCGUGAUGAGUCCUACUUAUCAGCACUGGAUGCUGUUUUAGAAAAGCACAAACUAACAGCAAUGAACCUACUUGAUGGAAAUGAUCUUGCUAGUUUCCUAUCACGGUUGCAUCAUGACAUCAGUAACCUCAAAGCAAUGCUUCAUGCAAUUUAUAUAGCUGGUCAUGCCACAGAAUCUUUUUCAGAUUUUGUGGUGGGCCAUGGAGAGUUAUGGUCUGCUCAGAUAUUGUCAUCUGUUGUCAGAAAGCAAGGAGUGGAGUGCAAUUGGAUGGAUACUAGAGAUGUUCUUAUUGUAAAUCCUACCAACUCUAAUCAAGUUGAUCCUGAUAUUUUGGAAUCUGAGAGAAGACUUGAGAGUUGGUUCUCUAAAAAUCCAUCUAGGAUAAUCAUUGCUACUGGUUUCAUAGCCAGUACACCCCAAAAUAUUCCUACAACACUAAAAAGAGAUGGAAGCGACUUCUCUGCAGCUAUAAUGGGAGCUCUAUUCAUGGCCCGUCAGGUUACAAUUUGGACUGAUGUGGAUGGUGUGUAUAGUGCAGACCCCAGAAAAGUUAGCAAGGCUGUGAUAUUGAGAAAAUUGUCAUAUCAGGAGGCCUGGGAAAUGUCAUAUUUUGGGGCAAACGUUUUGCAUCCACGAACCAUUAUCCCAGUAAUGCGAUAUGACAUUCCAAUUGUAAUAAGAAAUAUCUUCAAUCUCUCUGCUCCUGGAACAACUAUUUGCAGGCUUCCUGCUGAUGAAAAUGGAGAUAGUAAGCAAUUGAAGUCUCUUGUUAAAGGAUUUGCAACAAUUGACAAUUUGGCCCUUGUAAAUGUUGAAGGAACUGGAAUGGCUGGUGUUCCUGGUACCGCUGAUGACAUUUUUGGUGCUGUGAAAGAUGUGGGAGCUAACGUUAUAAUGAUAUCCCAGGCUAGUAGUGAGCAUUCUGUCUGCUUUGCUGUGCCUGAGAAAGAAGUAAAUGCUGUUGCUGAGGCUCUGCAGUCUAGGUUUUGUCAAGCAUUGGAUGCUGGGCGUAUUUCACAGAUUGAGGUUAUUCACAACUGUAGCAUUUUGGCAGCAGUUGGCCAGAAAAUGGCAAGUACACCUGGAGUUAGUGCUACUCUUUUCAAUGCAUUGGCAAAGGCUAAUAUAAAUGUUCGGGCUAUAGCUCAAGGCUGCUCUGAAUACAAUAUUACUGUUGUACUUAAGCAAGAAGAUUGCAUAAGAGCUUUAAGAGCUGUUCACUCCAGAUUUUAUCUCUCCAAAACUACAAUAGCAAUGGGCAUUAUUGGACCGGGAUUGAUUGGUUCCACUUUUCUUGACCAGCUCAGAGAUCAGGCAGGGGUAUUGAAGGAAGAAUUUAACAUUGAUUUGUGUGUUAUGGGAAUCACUGGCUCAAGAACAAUGGUUUUGAAUGACUCGGGAAUUGACUUGCCUAGAUGGAGAGAACUUAAAAAAGAGAAGGGAGAAGUGGCCAACUUGGAGAAAUUUGUUCAACAUGUACAUGGGAACCAUUUUAUUCCAAAUACUGUGCUGGUUGACUGUACAGAAGAUUCUAGUGUUGCAAGUCGUUACUACGAGUGGUUGUGUAAAGGAAUUCAUAUAAUCACCCCAAAUAAAAAAGCUAAUUCAGGACCACUUGAUCAGUAUUUGAAAUUGAGAGCACUUCAGAGGCAAUCUUAUACCCAUUAUUUCUAUGAAGCAACUGUUGGAGCUGGUCUCCCAAUCAUCAGCACAUUACAGGGACUCCUUGAAACUGGUGACAAGAUUUUGCGCAUUGAAGGCAUCUUCAGUGGGACUUUGAGUUAUAUUUUCAGCAACUUUAUAGGAACACGAGCUUUUAGCGAGGUGGUGGGAGAAGCAAAAGAAGCUGAUUAUACUGAGCCAGAUCCAAGAGAUGAUUUAUCUGGGACUGAUGUUGCAAGAAAGGUCAUAAUCCUUGCUAGAGAAUGUGGUCUAAAGCUCGAGCUUGAUAAUAUCCCUGUCCAAAGUCUUGUGCCUGAACCAUUAAGAGCUAGUGCUACAGCUGAAGAAUUCAUGCAGCAGCUUCCUCAAUUCGACCAAGACAUGGCAAAGAAUCGACAGGAUGCCGAGGCUGCAGGCGAAGUGCUGAGAUAUGUUGGCGUGGUGGAUGCGGUUAAUAAAACUGGGCUUGUAGAGUUAAGGAGAUACAAAAAUGAUCACCCAUUUGCACAGCUUUCCGGAUCUGAUAACAUCAUUGCUUUCACAACAUCAAGAUACAAGCAACAGCCACUGAUUGUCCGUGGGCCGGGGGCUGGAGCCCAAGUUACAGCUGGUGGAGUAUUUAAUGAUGUAUUACGACUUGCCUCUUAUCUUGGUGCUCCUUCAUAGAUUUAUUUUUUGUAUACCAUUUGAGCCAUCAUCCUAGUGUAUGAUUUGAUUUGUUCAACGCACCCCAUCCUGUGACUUCACGCUGUGCUAAAAAACGAUCUGUGAUGUGUAUGUAAAGUCGUGAAGUUGUUGUUGUGUGUUUUUUUUCUUA